CAAUACUUAAUUAUCUUAGCAUUUUCUUUGACAUCCAUAACACUAGGUACUUAAAAUGAUUGUAAUGAACAGCUAUCUGCACUUAUAUUGUUCAGGCACUUCGUUCCAAAUCUUACCAUUGGAGCACCUGUUAUCCAGAGCUUGAGGAAGCAUACACACGCAUUUCUGGACUGCCAUCUGAUGGUUACAAAUCCCCUUGAUUACAUAGAACCAUUUGCAAAAGCUGGAGCAUCAGGUUUUACUUUCCAUGUGGAGGUUACUCAAGACAAUUGGCAAGAUGUUAUUAAAAGGGUCAGAAAUGCUGGCAUGCGCCCUGCAGUAGCAUUAAAGCCCGGAACACCUGUAGAAAACGUUUAUCCAUUGGUGGAAAGUGAAGAGCCUGUGGAAAUGGUACUUAUUAUGACAGUUGAACCUGGUUUUGGAGGGCAAAAAUUCAUGCCUCAUAUGAUGGACAAGGUCCGUGACCUUCGGCAGAAAUACCCAACUCUUGACAUUGAGGUUGAUGGAGGUUUGGGCCCAUCUACAAUUGAUCAGGCAGCUUCUGCUGGUGCAAAUUGUAUAGUUGCAGGAAGUUCUGUCUUUGGAGCAAAAGACCCACCUUCCGUAAUUGCCCUCUUGAGAAAAAGUGUUGAAGAAGCUCAAAAACUUACAUAAUCUUUGCUUAUAGAAUGAAUGCUCCCAAAAAAUCACUUAUAGUGCUGGCAUAUCACAUUGCCUUACAAUAAACAUGGAGGUUUUUAGACGAAAUCUCCACUAUAUUGGCAUUGUUUCUGUAGCAACUGUAGUUGUGUGAUGUCUGGUUAUUCGUUAAUAAAAUAUACGCAUACUGAUAGUAAAUAUACACAAACUGGGAAGAUUUGCCAAUCAUUAUGUACUUAUUAAAAUAUUUCCUACAUUUUUUUCCUUUUGAUUCCAUUAUCAAUGGGAUCCUAGUUAAGUGCAGGUGUUUGAUAAUUUUCAA